UUAAAGGGAAGAAGGACUCUCAGAAGAGUCAGAAGGGAGGCACGCUGGGUAACGGGGGCGGGGAAGAAAGACGAUCACAAGAUCAUUGGCCUAGGCAAGAAGAAGCCGUCCACUGACGAACAGACCUCUUCAGCCGAGGAGGACAUACCCACCUGUGGUAAGACACCUGUUAGAGGUUAGAGGUCACAUCUGGGGUUUAGAGGUCAACCUAUAUCUAGGGUAGAUUGGUCGUAUAGGUGCUCUGUUAAAAUGUGUUCCAAAACAUUGUUGUUGUUUCUAUAUAGACUGUAUGGGGACAUGUCUUGACUUACAACAACCAGAACAGCAGCGAUCAACCCAUUUCCUGGUCUGCUGUUUCGCCAUUGGCCACUUUACCCCACCCUUUUAUCCUAACCUGGUCCGUCUUGUCUGAUUGACAGGCUACCUGAACGUGCUGUCCAAUAACCGCUGGCGUGAGCGUUGGUGUCGUCUGAAGGACAACCAGCUGCUGCUCCAUAAGGACCGUGCUGACCUGAAGACCCACACGGCCAGCCUGCCCCUCAGAGGCUGCGAGGUCAGCCCCGGACUGGACUCCAAACACCCCUUCGCCUUCCGCCUGCUCCGCAACGGACAGGAGGUGGGCUGGACUGGAUGUAGGUUGGUUGGUCAAUGGACUCUGGGUUGGAGGUUGGUCUUAGGUUCAGAUUCUAGGAUCAGCUUACCCACGCCAAAUCUGAACCUUCAUGGUCAGGGGGAAGUCAUCAGAUCUGACCUUAGAUCAGCGCCCAAGGGCAACUUUGACCUACACCAUCAAAUGCACUUACAACUAGUGAGUAGCUUUGUGCUAAUGUGAUUAGUGGAUUGGGAUUUGUAAAGUACUGAUGGAACUCUAACCCUCCUGUCCAGGCGUCCUACUCGAGAGUAUGGGUCGGUGGCUGGGGGUUGCUGUCUAGCUGAAGGACUGGCUCCACCACAGACCCCUGCUGCCUUGUGCACUACGACUACAUAGACGUAGUAGAGACUACCGCUAACGUUAUCCAGCUGGCCAAGCAGUCCUUCUGGUGAGACACGCACGCACGCACGCGCACGCACGCACGCACGACGCACGCACGCACGCACGCACGCACCGCACCGCACGCACGCCCACGCACGCACUAACGGCACGCACCCCGCACGCACGCACGCACCUGCACCACACACACACACACACACACCCACACACACACAAACAACACAACCACAACACACACACACACACACACACACACACACACACACACAGGGGCCAUUUGUCAACCAUAUGGGGAUCUCAAAAAGGCAAAUAUUUUGUCUUAUAGAUGGGGUGUGAACAUGCAGGUCUGGGCAGAUGAGAUGUAGUCGUUGUUCGUAUGUGUUUAUGUUUGUAUCUGGUGUAAAAAAGGAAAAACAAAAUAUAUUAUUAAAUAUAUACUACCGUUCAAAAGUUUGGGGUCACUUAGAAAUGUCCUUGUUUUUCGAAAGAAAACAAUUUUUUUUGUCCAUUAAAAUAACAUCACAUUGAUCAGAAAUACAGUGUAGACGUUGUAAAUGGCUAUUGUAGCUGGAAACUGCCAAUUUUUAAUGGAAUAUCUACAGUUGGAAGUUUACAUACACUUAGGUUGGAGUCAUUAAAACUCGUUUUUCAACCACUCCACAAAUUUCUUGUUAACAAACUAUAGUUUUGGCAAGUCAGUUAGGACAUAUACUUUGUGCAUGACACAAGUAACUUUUCCAGCAAUUGUUUACAGACAGAUUAUUUCACUUAUAAUUCACUGUAUCACAAUUCCAGUGGGUCGGAAGUUUACAUACACUAAGUUGACUGUGCCUUUAAACAGCUUGGAAAAUUCCAGAAAAUGAUGUCAUGGCUUUAGAAGCUUCUGAUAGGCUAAUUGACAUAAUUUGAGUCAUUUGGAGGUGUACCUGUGGAUGUAUUUCAAGGCCUACCUUCAAACUCAGUGCCUCUUUGCUUGACAUCAUGGGAAAAUCAAAAGAAAUCAGCCAAGACCUCAGAAAAAAAAUUGUAGACCUCCACAAGUCUGAUUCAUCCUUGGGAGCAAUUUCCAAAUGCCUGAAGGUACCACGUUCAUCUGUACAAACAAUAGUACGUAAGUAUAAACACCAUGGGACCACGCAGCCGUCAUACCGCUCAGGAAGGAGACGCGUUCUAUCUCCUAGAGAUGAACGUACUUUGGUGCGAAAAGUGCAAAUCAAUCCCAGAACAACAACAAAGGACCUUGUGAAGAUGCUGGAGGAAACAGGUACAAAAGUAUCUAUAUCCACAGUAAAACGAGUCCUAUAUCGACAUAACCUGGAAGGCCGCUCAGCAAGGAAGAAGCCACUGCUCCAAAACCUCCAUAAAAAAGACAGACUACGGUUUGCAACUGCACAUGGGGACAAAGUAUUUUUUGGAGAAAUGUCCUCUGGUCUGAUGAAACAAACAUAGAACUGUUUGGCAUAAUGACUAUCGUUAUGUUUGGAGGAAAAAGGGGGUCACGUGCAAGCCGAAGAACACCAUCCCAAUGUGAAGCACGGGGGUGGCAGCAUCAUGCUGUGGGGGUGCUUUGCUGCAGGAGGGACUGGUGCACAUCACAAAAUAGAUGGCAUCAUGAGGAAGGAAAAGUAUGUGCAUAUAUUGAAGCAACAUCUCAAGACAUCAGUCAGGAAGUUAAAGCUUGGUCACAAAUGGGUCUUCCAAAUGGACAAUGACCCCAAGCAUACUUCCAAAGUUGUGGCAAAAUGGCUUAAGGACAACAAAGUCAAGGUAUUGGAGUGGCCAUCACAAUGCCCUGACCUCAAUCCUAUAGAAAAUGUGUGGGCAGAACUGAAAAAGCAUGUGCGAGCAAGGAGGCCUACAAACCUGACUCAGUUACACCAGCUCUGUCAGGAGGAAUGGGCCAAAAUUCACCCAACUUAUAAUGGGAAGCUUGUGGAAGGCUACCCGAAACGUUUGACCCAAGUUAAACAAUUUAAAGGCAAUGCUACCAAAUACUAAUUGAGUGUAUGUAAACUUCUGACCCACUGGGAAUGUGAUGAAAGAAAUAAAAGCUGAAAUAAAUCAUUACCUCUACUAUUAUUCUGACAUUUCACAUUCUUAACAUAAAGUGGUGAUCCUAACUGACCUAAGGCAGGGAAUUUUUGCUAGGAUUAAAUGUCAGGAAUUGUGAAAAACUGAGUUUAAAUGUAUUUGGCUAUGGUGUAUGUAAACUUCCGACUUCAACUGUACAUAGGCGUACAGAGGCCCAUUAUCAGCAACCAUCAGUCCUGUGUUCCAAUGGCACGUUGUGUUUGCUAAUCCAAGUUUAUCAUUUUAAAAUGCUAAUUGAUCAUUAGAAAACCCCUUUGCAAUUAUGUUAGCACAGCUGAAAACUGUUGUGCUGAUUUAAAGAAGCAAUAAAACUGGCCUUCUUGAGACUAGUUGAGUAUCUGGAGCAUCAGCAAUUGUGGGUUCGAUUACAGGCUCAAAAUGGCCAGAAACAAAUAACUUUCUUCUGAAACUCGUCACUCUAUUCUUGUUCUGAGAAAUGAAGGCUAUUCUAUGCGAGAAAUUGCCAAGAAACUGAAGAUCUCGUACAACGCUGUGUACUACUCCCUUCACAGAACAGCGCAAACUGGCUCUAACCACAAUAGAAAGAGGAGUGGGAGGCCCCGGUGCACAACUGAGCAAGAGGACAAAUACAUUAGUGUCUAGUUUGAGAAACAGACGCCUCACAGGUCCUCAACUGGCAGCUUCAUUAAAUAGUACCCGCAAAACACCAGUCUCAACGUCAACAGUGAAGAGGCGACUCCGGGAUGCUGACCUUCUAGCCAGAGUUGCAAAGAAAAAGCCAUAUCUCAGACUGCCCAUCUUAAUCUUUUCUUUUUAUUGGCCAGUCUGAGAUAUGGCUUUUUCUUUGCAACUCUAUAUAUAAAUAAUAUAUAUAUAUAUAUUUAUUUAUUUUUCAAUAUGGGGUGUUGGUAGGUAUGGAGGCCGUGUGUGCAUGUGUAUGACAGAGAGGGUAAGUACAUGGUGGUAUGUGUCCACUAUGUGGUGUUGUUAAUCCCCUGACCCUCAGCCUCUCAAACCUUAUUCACUUAGGAAUGCACAUCUCAGGAUCAAUGUUUUCCCUCAGAGGAUGUGAGUCACUCUCUUGCCAGCAUUGUUUUCACCAGAGCGCUGUGUGCAGUCCAGUUCUGCCCACACAAAAAUACAACACAUUUAGCAAGGGCUGGAUAAAUAGUUUGAAAACCAACGGGAGUACUAAAUGCCUGGACUGUUAUUUUUUAUGAAGCGGGCAACAUGAGACAGCUAUAAGGGUCCUUAAAGGCCAAAUCUCUCCAUAUUCCCCAAGGGACUCCACAUGUCUAUAGUGCUCUACUUUUAGAUUGUGAUUAUAUGGAGAAGGUGUAAUUUUGCCUUGUGUUGUCACAUGUACAGUAACUCACGAUUUCCUCCUCAGCUUCACUAGUAAACGUGCUGUAUCUCCCAACCCCUAUCUGGACAACCCUGUCAACAGUUACGCGUGUCCCUCUGGAAUGGCGCUGCACUAUGAUGAUGUGCCCAUCAAUGGAACGGUAAGGGGACACGCACACACACACACACCACACACACACACACACUGAGAAAACAAACAAAAAUAUCUAUAUAUAAAACAAACCUGUGCAAUAUCUCAGUAUCUCCUGUCUGGAAGCUGCAUUGUGAUGGCUUGCAACCUGGUAUCUUUCUGUUUCUCAUACUCUCUCGCUCCUUCUUUCCCACGCUCAUCCCUCUGAUUAAAUAAUUGUGCAACUUUCAAGUACGUUCCCCUGUUCUAACUCACUGGUCUGUAACCAUAACAAUGCUUUGGCUUCCUCUCUUCUUCUUCGUCUCCUUUGCUGCUCCUUUCUUCAUCUUCUUUUCACUUACUCUCUCUUUAUCUUCGUUCUUCUCCUCCUCUCUCUCCCCUUCUAACUCUCCUCUCCUCUGCUCCGUCUCCUCUCGCUCGUCUACCUCACCUCAUCCUCCUCCCCUCCUCAUCAAAAAUCCUUAACACUCCCUUCUCUCCUCCUCCUGCUGUCCUCUCCCUGUCCUUCUCCUCUCCUCUCCUCCCUCCUCUCCCUCCUACUCUCCACUCUUCCGUCCUCUCCUCUCUCCUCCGUCCUCCCUCUCCUCUCCUCUCUCCUUUCUCUCAUCUCUGCCUCUCUCUCCUAUCUUCCGCGUUCUCUCCUCGUCGCUCAAGUCUCCCGUCUCGUCCACUGCGACCCCUAGAUCCUCGUCCGCCUUCGUCAUCCCUCUCACUCCCGUCCUGCUCUCUCGUACCUACCUCACUACUCUCUGCUACUCCUGAUCUCCUUCCCUCCUUCUCCCUCUCCUCUCUCCCUUCUCUCUCCUUCUCUCUCUCCCUUCUCUCCUCUUCUCUCCUCUCCUUUCUGCAUGCCUUCCUCUAACGCAAGGACCCAGAGGCGCUAUACUCCAGCCCUGCCACCGGAGGACGACGUCUGAGAGAGGAGGUGUUGUAUGAGAACGCUGACCCUGACCUGUAUGAGAACAUGCCUUCGCCCAAGCUGGCCACCCGCUACUCCCCCAAACCGAGUCGCCUGGCAUCUUCCUCCUCCUCCUCUUCCUCCAGCCACUACAAAACCCCUGGCCCUGUCAAAUCCAAACUCCUCUCCUCUUCCUCAACUAACACUAAAGCCGUUGCUCAGGUGACUAACACUCUGCUUUCCUAACAAUAACGCUAACGCUAACCUAUCACUGUACUCUUCUCUUUCACAUUGUUAGGUUCUAAAUAAACAGAGUAAAAAACUAACGAACAACUAGUCAAAGCUCAGACCAAGUUUAUUCACCCACUGGGUCAAACAGCUGCAUAAGACAAAGACGUGUUUAUAUAUUUAGUACAUAUAUUUAUACCCUCUACUGGGUUGGAGUCAACUUCCUUUCACAUCUAGACAGCCAAUACAUCUCUGUUGCUAGGCAGGAACUUAAGUGAUGUGUGUAAUAAAACUGUUCCUUCUCCCUUCAUCUAACCUGACCUGACCUCGGCCCACGUUCCUCACUAAUCCACAGCUAUCCAACCUUAUCAGUGACCGCAACCAUGUGAUGACCUUUGCCCUCACGUAGUAACUUUCCAGAUUCCUCCUCCUUAUCCUCCCACCGUAUAUAUUCCUCUUUACACCAUUCACUUCUAUUUCAAAUUAGAACCCAACAACAUCAAAGGGGAUAGUUCACCGCAAAGUCAAAGUUUCAUCAAACAUUUUCAUACCUCAAAAAUGUUGGGACCCUUGUGACAUUUCUUUAUAUAGACCUUCAACCCAAAUGUCAUUGACACCAUCUAAAUUCCAUCUAGUAACUUGGAUGGUUUUGGCGUGAACUCUCCCUUUUAACAAAAAAAAAUGAAUUCAAACGAUAGAGAGCAAUUCUUUGCUACGUGGGAGGGAUGCUGUGUGUCAAGAGGAGGGGAGGGGAGAGGGAUUCAAUAAUGCGAUUUGAGUCUCAAUUCUUAUUACCUGUGUUAUCCCUGCAGGGACAUGCUUUGAUUGAAUAUAACGGUGUUGAUACUGGUCACCCAGAAUCCAGGUUUCCAGACAUUAUCCUCAGAAUCCCUGCUGACUUAGUCCCGCUGUAGUGCAGCUCUUAGUAAUGUGGUUAAAAACAUGGCUGUGCAGAGGAGUGGUGUUAAACGCGUAUUGAGCCCCUCGUAAAAUAGCGUUUCCAGUAUUGAGUGUAUGGGAGUUAGGGUCUGAGACAUUGACCAUGCACUCUUUAGCAAACCUUAGCUAGAGGCCUGUUAUUAAACUGAGAGAAGUAGGGGGGAUCAAAUAUCUGCAGUGUGUUAGGCUGCGUAUCUGUCUGAGCACUUUAGACCACCCAGAUUUUAGAGGGUUCUCCUCCUGUGAUGUGUGUGUGUGUGUGUGUGUGUGUCUGUGUGUCUGUGUGUGUUCAGUAUGUUCACACUACUCCUUGCCUUUACACCGACCAUCACCUCCAUAUUAUGUCAUUAUAUUUGUAUAGCCUACAUCACGUGUCAAACUCAUUCCACGGAGGGCCGAGUGUCUGCGGGUUUUUGCUCCCCCCUUGUACUUGAUUGAUUAAUUAAGGUCACUGAUUAGUAAGGCACUCCCCUCACCUGGUUGUCUAGGGCUUAAUUGAAAGGGAAAACCAAAAACCAGCAGACACUAGGCCCUCCAUGGAAUGAGUUUGACACCUCUGGCUAAUAUGAACCUGAGAUGUAAGUGCCACCCAGCACUGUUACACACAUUAAUCACCACAUGGGGUUGUAGAGUUGUGGUUUCUGAGCAGAGCUUUUGUGUGUGUGUGUGUGUGUGCGCGUGCGUGUCCGUCCGUCCUCAGAUGAACCUUGCAUUGUCAUCAGACACACACUCACACACACUGCAAGAGUAAUACAGUCCAGUAAGACUGGUUUAGCCCAAUGCUGGGAUUACUGCGUUGUGUUUUAAUUUAAAAUGUGUUUGUACAGCUGUGCACAUGAUUUUAUCCACCUGGGGAGUUUGUGGACAAUGUUGAUUUUUAUUGAAGGGGUUUGUAGCCAUUUUAACUGUCUGUUCACUUCAUGGUUUUCAUUAUAUGUGCAAAUUGUAGUUAGCAGUUUUACGACUGUGCAUUUUAACCAGAUUAUGAAUGGUUGUUCUCUCUUCCUCCUUCUCAACCAAUCAGCUGAAGGGAAAAAAGGCCUCAGUGACCAAUGGGGCGGCGUCUAAACAGAAGGUGGACAAGAACCAAGCCAAGAAGACCAACGGCACAGCCACCAAUGGAACAGCGUCUGUGAAACGGAACAACUCAAGUAAGUGUGUGUCUGUGUGUUUGUAUUUGUGUAUGUGUUUGUGCGUUUAAGAGCUACAUAGGUAGAGAGAGUGAGAAAGCAACAGAGAGGCACAGAGAUCGAGACACACAUUCCCAUGAGUACAUUACAGUCUUGAGUAGGUCUAUAAAUCAUGAUAUUUCAUCUACUGCUAGCCUGUCUCUUCCGGUCAUCCUUAUACUGUCCACUGGCUGUGAUACAUAGCACUAACCUGGACUUAGUAGACACUAAGUCUGGCUCCCCACUCCACACACACCAAACUGGAGCCACACCAAAAAUCCACAAAUGCCGGAAUACCCAAAUGACAGUUGGUGAAGCAGCAGGAGUGAAGUUCUUCGGAUGGGGCUAAUAGAGCUUCUUUGAAACCAUCCGUCGUAAAAAAAAAAAAAAAACCUUAUGGAUGAUUCUCAUUACAUAUCCAGACCAAACUAUCAUUCAACGUUCAGUCGACGUUCAAAUAGCAGCAUGAACUCGCUAAUAUUUGGCCAGGGGACAGAGUGGUUACUGGUGAGGCUAGUCUGGGCGAUGGAGGGCUGUGUGUAUUCAGUAAUGUGGGAACUACGACCGUUUUGAACCCACUUUCUCAGACAUUUUGGAUUCAGUGUCUGUUAUACAAUCCUUCUUUAAAAUCAAGCUCAAGUAUAAAUAUAAAGCCCCUAUUGGUGUAUUGAUGGUUGAAGAUGUCAAGUGGUGGUUUGAUUGAGUAUAUGGUCCUUUGUAAAGGCUAAUGCACUAGUGAAGCGCCCGCACAGCACACACACAGUCAUCAUUUGUGGUGUGGAGAGGCUCCAGUGGCCUCUGUGGCUAAAGGCAUCUUAUUCGGUGUAUUCUUUUCCAGCAGGGUCGGUCCCUACCCUCCUCUGGGUGAUUAAUAGGUAUUUCUAGGCUGAGGUUUGGGUUCACUGGGUUUCUGGUCAGUUUAUGAAAUCUGAUGAGCAUUGGUUGAUUCUUUCUCUUCUCCCUCCAUUCCUCCCAUUCCUCUCAUCCCCUGUUCUCCCCUCCCAUUCCUCUCAUCCCUGUUCUCCCCUCCCAUUUCCUCUCAUCCCCUGUUCUCCCCUCCCAUUCCUCUCAUCCCCUGUUCUCCCCUCCCAUUCCUCUCAUCCCCUGUUCUCCCCUCCCAUUCCUCUCAUCCCCUGUUCUCCCCUCCCAUUCCUCUCAUCCCCUGUUCUCCCCUCCCAUUAUUCUCAUCCCUGUUUCCCCUCCCAUCUUCUCAUCCCCUGUUCUCCCCUCCCAUUCUCUCAUCCCCUGUUCUCCCCCUCUUCCUCUCAUCCCCUGUCUCUCCCCUCCCAUUCUUCUCAUCCCCUGUUCUCCCCUUCCCCAUCCUGCUCAUCCCCUCUGUUACCCCUACCUUCCUCUCAUCCCAGUUUCUCCCUUCCCAUUCCUCUCAUCCCCUGUCCUCUACUCAUCAUUCCUCAUCUCCUCUCUGAUCCUAUUCUCUCCUUCCCCCUAAUCCCUCCUUCUCCUCUCCUCUCCUUCCAUUGCCCAUUUCCCCACACUGUUUGGGCUUAAUGGUGCGAAGGUACACUAUAUAUACAAAAGUAUGUGGACAGCCCUUCAAAUUAGUGGAUUCAGCUAUUUCAGCCACACCCGUUUUGCUGACAAGUGUAUACAAUCGAGCACACAGCCAUGCAAUCUCCAUAGACAAACAUUGGCAGUAGAAUGGCCUUAGUGAAGAGCUCAACGUGGCACCCUCAUAGAAUGCCAUCUUUCCAACAAGUCAGUUCGUCUAAUUUAUACCCUAAUAGAGGUGCCCCGGUCAACUGUAAGUGCUGUUAUUGUGAAGUCGAAAACGUCUAGGAGCAACAACGGCUCAUCCGCGAAGUGGAAGGCCACACAAGCUCACAGAACGGGACCGCCGAGUGCUGAAGCGCGUAGAGUAUAUAAAUCACCUGUCCUCGGUUGCAACACUCACUACCGAGUUCCAAACUACCUCUGGAAGCAACGUCAGCACAAUAACUGUUCGUCGGGAGCUUCAUGAAAUGGGUUUCCAUGGCCGAGCAGCCGCACACAAGCCUAAGAUCACCAUGAGCAAUGCCAAGCGUCGGCUGGAGUGGUGUAAAGCUCGCCACCAUUGGACUCUGGAGCCGUGGUAACGCGUUCUCUGGAGUGAUGAAUCACGCUUCGCCAUCUGGCAGUCUGACGGAUUAAUCUGGGUUUGGCGGAUGCCAGGAGAACCCGACCUGCCCAAUGCAUAGUGCCAACUGUAAAGUUUGGUGGAGGAGGAAUAAUGGUCUGAGGCUGUUUUUUAUGGUUCGGGCUAGGCCCCUUAGUUCCAGUGAAGGGAAAUCUUAACGCUACAGGGUACAAUGACAUUGUGGAUGAUUCUGUGCUUCCAACUUUGUGGCAAAAGUUUGGGUAAGGCCCUUUCCUGUUUCAGCAUGACAAUGCCCCGGUGCACAAAGCGAGGUCCAUACAGAAAUGGUUUGUUGAGAUCGGUGUGGAAGAACUUGACUGGCCUGCACAGAGCCCUGACCGCAACCCCAUCGAACACCUUUGUGAUGAAUUGGUACGCCGACUGCGAGCCAGGUCUAAUCGCCCAGCAUCAGUGCCCGACCUCACUAAUGUUCGUGGCUGAAUGGCGGCAAGUCCCCGCAGCAAUGUUCCAACAUCUAGUAGAAAGCCUUCCCAGAAGAGUGGAGGCUGUUAUAGCAGCAAAGGGGGGGGACCAACUCCAUAUUAAUGCCCAUGAUUUUGGAAUGAGAUGUUCGACGAGCAGGUGUCCACAUACUUAUGGUCAUGUAGAGUGUAUAUAUAACCCCUCUCUACCCUGUAGGUGGUCGUGUAGAGUGUAUAUAUAUAUAACCCCUCUCUACCCUGUAGGUGGUCAUGUAGAGUGUAUAUAUAUAACCCCUCUCUACCCUGUAGGUGGUCAUGUAGAGUGUAUAUAUAUAACCCCUCUCUACCCUGUAGGUGGUCAUGUAGAGUGUAUAUAUAUAACCCCUCUCUACCCUGUAGGUGGUCAUGUAGAGUGUAUAUAUAUAACCCCUCUCUACCCUGUAGGUGGUCAUGUAGAGUGUAUAUAUAUAACCCCUCUCUACCCUGUAGGUGGUCAUGUAGAGUGUAUAUAUAUAACCCCUCUCUACCCUGUAGGUGGUCAUGUAGAGUGUAUAUAUAUAACCCCUCUCUACCCUGUAGGUGGUCAUGUAGAGUGUAUAUAUAUAACCCCUCUCUACCCUGUAGGUGGUCAUGUAGAGUGUAUAUAUAUAACCCCUCUCUACCCUGUAGGUGGUCAUGUAGAGUGUGUAUAUAUAACCCCUCUCUACCCUGUAGGUGGUCAUGUAGAGUGUAUAUAUAUAACCCCUCUCUACCCUGUAGGUGGUCAUGUAGAGUGUAUAUAUAUAACCCCUCUCUACCCUGUAGGUGGUCAUGUAGAGUGUAUAUAUAUAUUACCCCUCUCUACCCUGUAGGUGGUCAUGUAGAGUGUAUAUAUAUAACCCCUCUCUACCCUGUAGGUGGUCAUGUAGAGUGUAUAUAUAUAACCCCUCUCUACCCUGUAGGUGGUCGUGUAGAGUGUAUAUAUAUAACCCCUCUCUACCCUGUAGGUGGUCGUGUAGAGUGUAUAUAUAUAACCCCUCUCUACCCUGUAGGUGGUCGUGUAGAGUGUAUAUAUAUAACCCCUCUCUACCCUGUAGGUGGUCGUGUAGAGUGUAUAUAUAUAACCCCUCUCUACCCUGUAGGUGGUCGUGUAGAGUGUAUAUAUAUAACCCCUCUCUACCCUGUAGAUGGUCGUGUAGAGUGUAUAUAUAUAACCCCUCUCUACCCUGUAGGUGGUCGUGUAGAGUGUAUAUAUAUAACCCCUCUCUACCCUGUAGGUGGUCAUGUAGAGUGUAUAUAUAUAACCCCUCUCUACCCUGUAGGUGGUCAUGUAGAGUGUAUAUAUAUAACCCCUCUCUACCCUGUAGGUGGUCAUGUAGAGUGUAUAUAUAUAACCCCUCUCUACCCUGUAGGUGGUCAUGUAGAGUGUAUAUAUAUAACCCCUCUCUACCCUGUAGGUGGUCAUGUAGAGUGUAUAUAUAUAACCCCUCUCUACCCUGUAGGUGGAGAACAGUAUAGGUACGGUAAGAACCGUGUUGAGGCGGACGCCAAGCGGCUGCAGGCUAAAGAGGAGGAGCUAAUCAAGCGGAAACAGGACAUCAGGAACCGUCUGACCCAGCUGAAGAAGGACAGGAAAGACCUGCGCACCACCAUGGAGGCCAGCACCGGUACGACAGAGAGAGAGACACACACACACACACACACACACACACAGACUUAGACAGACAGACGUGUUCAGACACAGACUGAGAGACAGACAGAUGCGCACACACAUACACACACACACACACAAAACACAUACAGUCGUGGUCAAAAGUUUUGAGAAUGACACAAGUAUUGGUCUUCACAAAGUUUGCUGCUUCAGUGUUAUGAGAUAUUUUUUGUCAAAUGUUACUAUGGUAUACUGAAGUAUAAUUACAAGCAUUCCAUAAGUGUCAAAGGCUUUUAUUGACAAUUGCAUUAAGUUUAUGCAAAGAGUCAAUAUUUGCAGUGUUGACCCUUCUUUUUCAAGACCUCUGCAAUCCACAAUGGCAUGCUGUCAAUUCACUUCUGGGUCACAUCCUGACUGAUGGCAGCCCAUUCUUGCAUAAUCAAUGCUUUGAGUUUGUCAAGAAUUUGUGGGUUUUUGUUUGUCCACCCGCCUCUUGAGGAUCGACCACAAGUUCUCAAUGGGAUUAAGGUCUGGGGAGUUUCCUGGCCAUGGACCCAAAAUGUUGAUGUUUUGUUGCCCGAGCCACUUAGUUAUCACUUUUGCCUUAUGGCAAGGUGCUCCAUCAUGCUGGAAAAGGUAUUGGUCGUCACCAAACUGUUCUUGGAUGGUUGGGAGAAGUUGCUCUCGGAGGAUGUGUUGGUACCAUUCUUUAUUCAUGGCUGUGUUCUUAGGCAAAAUUGUGAGUGAGCCCACUCACUUGGCUGAGAAGCAACCCCACACAUGAAUGGUCUCAGGAUGCUUUACUGUUGGCAUGACACAGGACUGAUGGUAGCGCUCACCUUGUCUUCUCCGGACAAGGUGUUUUCCGGAUGUCCCAAACAAUCGGAAAGGGGAUUCAUCAGAGAAAAUGACUUUACCCCAGUCCUCAGCAGUCCAAUCCCUGUACCUCUUGCAGAAUAUCAGUCUGUCCCUGAUGUUUUUCCUGGAGAGAAGUGGCUUCUUUGCUGCCCUUCUUGACACCAGGCCAUCCUCCAAAAGUAUUUGCCUCACUGUGCGUGCAGAUGCACUCACAUCUGCCUGCUGCCAUUCCUGAGCAAGCUCUGCACUGGUGGUGCCCCGAUCCCGCAGCUGAAUCAACUUUAGGAGACGGUCCUGGCACUUGCUGGACUUUCUUGGGCGCCCUGACGCCUUCUUCACAACAGUUGAACCUCUCUCCUUGAAGUUCUUGAUGAUCCGAUAAAUGGUUGAUUUAGGUGCAAUCUUACUAGCAGCAAUAUCCUUGCCUGUGAAGCCCUUUUUGUGCAAAGCAAUGAUGACGGCACGCAUUUCCUUGCAGGUAACCAUGGUUAACAGGGUCCCCUGUAGCUCAGCUGGUAGAGCAUGGCGCUUGCAACGCCAGGGUUGUGGGUUCGUUUCCCACGGGGGGCCAGUAUGAAAAUGUAUGCACUCACUAACUGUAAGUCGCUCUGGAUAAGAGUGUCUGCUAAAUUACCCAAAUGUAAAAAUGUUUAAUGAAGAACAAUGAUUUCAAGCACCACCCUCCUUUUAAAGCUUCCAGUCUGUUAUUCUAACUCAAUCAGCAUGACAGAGUGAUCUCCAGCCUUGUCCUCGUCAACACUCUCACCUGUGUUAACGAGAGAAUCACUGACAUGAUGGCAGCUGGUCCUUUUGUGGCAGGGCUGAAAUGCAGUGGAAAUGUUUUUUUGGCAAAGAGGGACUGAUAAUCUGAUCAUUCUUCAUGACAUUCUGGAGUAUAUGCAAAUUGCCAUCAUCAAAACUGAGGCAGCAGACUUUGUGAAAAUUAGUAUUUGUCAUUCUCAAAACUUUUGACCACACUGCUUUUACCAAGGUAGAGAGAAGAUGGAUUAGAUGGGGGAGAGGUGGGAGUGAAAGUAGUGGAAGAUGGAGAGAUGAUAAGAGGAAGAGCGGUUUAGAUUGAUGGGAGAUGGAAUGAGUGUUGGAAGGAAGAGUGGAGAGGUGGGAGUGAGUGGUGUUUGGUGGAGUUAUGGGUGGAAGGGUUAGGGUUAGGAGUGAGUGGUGUUUGAUGGAGUUAUGGAUGGGAGGGUUAGGAGUGAGUGGUGUUUGGUGGAGUUAUGGUUGGGAGGGUUAGGAGUGAGUGGUGCAGGAUGGAAGAAGGGUUUGGAGGGGGAGAGAUGGGAGUCAGAUGUCCUGAGUGACUUCUCAAUAAACUACAAUAAUGGUAUAACAGGAACUGAGAGUGUAUGGUAGUGCUGUGACACUUACUGUAAAUCACACCCAUUCUAAAACCUCCUUCCUUUCCUCCUUCUCACAGGUAAGCGUUCCGCUGCAUCCCUGGCGGAGCGGCUGAAGAAGGUGGAGGACGAGUGCAAGCUGAAGGAGGACGAGAGGGUGAGCCUGGAGCUGGAGCUGACGGAGGUCAAGGAGAGUCUGAAGAAGGCCCUGAACGGAGGAGUCAUUCUGGGACUCACCAUCGAGCCAAAGUCUGGCACCUCCAGCCCACAGGUCAGACCUCAAUCAAUCACAUUUAUUUUACAUCAGCAGUCGUCAAAGUGCCUUACAGAUACCCAGCCUAAAACAUCAAAGAGCAAGCAAUGCGGAGGCAGAAGCACAGUGGCUAGAAAAAACUCCCUAGAAGGCAGGUAUCAAGGAAGAAACUUAGAAAGGAACCAGGCUUGAAGUCCUGUUCUUGCUGUCUCUACCAUGUCCAUGACCCAUGGCUGAGUCUCAGUACUGUACAACGGCUUCCUUCUCUUGAAAAGUGAACAGACAAAAGCAUUUUGUCCAUGUAAAUUAGCCUUGUAGACUAAAGCACGUGUCAAACUUUGGCCCACAGAGUUUGACACAGAAUCUCAAUAUGCCCAACAUACUCAUGACAAACAGGCUGUUGCAAAUGUUGCAGCUGACUCUGAAUGGUGUGUAUCUGUGUGUGUCCAGUCCCCAGUGUUGCUGAGACGUACCGUGGAGAACUCUCCCAUCUCCAGCUGUGACACCAGCGACACAGAGAGCUGUUCUACUCUGCCCGUCAACAGCGCCUCCCUCCUCCGCAGAACGACCAAUCAGAAACCCUCGGCCGUCCGCGGGCACGUCCUCAAUAAGGCCAAAGUGAGACAGAGAACACACACCAGUGGAGGCUUGUGGGAGGAUCUAUAGGAGGAUGGGCUCAUUGUAAUUGCAGGAAUGGAAUUGAAUGAAUGGAACGGUAUCAAACGUAUGGAAACCACGUUUGACUCAUUUUACAUUUACAUUUUAGUCAUUUUAGCAAACGCUCUUAUCCAGAGCGACUUACAGUUAGUGAGUGCAUACAUAAUUUUUUUAUUUUUCAUACUGGCCCCCCGUGGGAAUCGAACCCACAACCCUGGCGUUGCAAACGCCAUGCUCUACCAACUGAGCUACAUCCCUGCCGGCCAUUCCCUCCCCUACCCUGGACGACGCUGGGCCAAUUACGCGCCACCCAAUGGGUCUCCCGGUCGCGGCCGGCUACGACAGAGCCUGGAUUCGAACCAGGAUCUCUAGUGGCACAGCUAGCACUGCAAUGCAGUGCCUUAGACCACUGCGCCACUCGGGACUCCAUUCCCUAAAUUCCAUUCCAGCCAUUACAAUGAGCCCAUCCUCCUAUAGCUCCUCCCACCAGCCUCCUCUGUCACACACACCUGCGUUUACACACACACAAUCAAACACCCUCUGCACUCAUUCACCUGCAUUACCACAUCUCUGACACACACACACACAUCCAUUGCCACACAUCCCAUCCCAGUCUAAUGACUGUACUGCAUUUGCAUGUAACUGUCGUAUUUGUGUGUAUUUGCAUGCAUAUCCUGACACCCAGUUCACUCAAUGUUCCCUUUGUUGCAGGAAUGGGAGAAGAAGACUGGCACAUGA